AUGUCGAAUUUUUCCUCGAGAAAAAAGUCUCCUACUGGAAACGAUGUGAAGAGCACCCAGGGGGCUGCACAGAGACAGCAGGGCUUUCAUGAUGUGAACAAAAGAAGGGUGUUCUUGCAGGAUAACAGCUGGAUAAAGAAACGUCCUGAGGAGGAAAAAGAUGAGAAUUACGGCAGGGUGGUGCUCAGCCGGCACAACUCCCACGACGCCUUGGACAGGAAAACAGCCGAGAGACAUGAGCCAAAAGCCACGAUUAGCCGGUACAGAUCUGAUGAUGCUCUGGACAGAACACUGUCCACGCUUAGGACACCAGAAGCAACCAAGAUGCCAGCUGGUAGCUCCCUUCACGCAAACCCCACCAGCACAGCUUCCACACCUGCUACCACCCCUGUGAAGAAAAAGAGACAGUCCUGGUUCCCACCACCCCCUCCUGGUCACAGCGCCUCUCCAAGCCCAGGAGCAAGCGGAAGGGAUCCAGCUGUUCACCCUCCCAUACCUCCAAAACCCCGCUCUCCCAUUGCGUCUCCUAAACAACUGAGACAGAGUAACAGGCAGAUACAUGCAGCUACAUCAGGUGCAUACGGAGAAGCCAAUAGACAUCUUGAAAGAAAUAUCAGGACUGAGGAUCUCGAUGACAUCAUCAGGGUGGCUGCUUCGCUUCAGAAGACGGACAAGGGUGAAGAACUGGACAAUCUCAUUAGAAUGAACAAAAACUUGAACAGAAAUCAAGGUCUUGACGGCCUCUUCAGAGCAAACCUGAAGGCACAGCAGAUAGACAAAAGAGCCCAGAGUCUUGAAAGUCUCAUCUAUAUGAACACCCAGAUGGACGGAGAUGCCAAAGGCAAUCCAGCCUUUGGAAGUCUUAAGAAAAUCCAUCAAAGGACGGACAAAGAGAAAGGAGAUAGAGAGCUUGAUAAUGUUAUGAAGACCAAGUCCAGAGGACAUGAGAACACCUCUGGGAAACAAGACCUUGAUGGAUUGAUUAAGGUGAAUCCUGAGACACAGACAACUAUGAAGAGGGGCCAGAGCCUUGACAACCUGAUCAAAGUCACCCCAGAAGUAAACAAGAGUAACCAUGGGAAUCAAAAUCUUGACAGUUUCAUCAAAGCUGCGCCCACAACCAGCAGAGCUGACCAAGGCUAUCAACACGGUCUUGAUGAUCGUAUUACUACGCGUUCCAAAGCUGUCAAACCUACUGCUGGACACCAAGAUCUUGAUAAGUUCAUCAAAGUGAAUCCCGCUGUUCUUGAAAACAAUCAAAGAAACCAUGACCUGGAUGGCAUCAUCAGAGGGAAUCCUGCAGUGACCAGACAAAGCCAAGACUUGGACAACCUUAUUAAAGUGAAGUCUCCUGCUCUCAGAAACACAAAUGGAGACCGGGGCCUAGAAAACUUAACUGAAGUAGAUUCUCAUCUAUCUGAAAAUAAGAAUGGAAGGCUCGAUGGCCAAGUCAAUGGAUUCACCAAAAAUCUACUCAAGGAGUCCACGAGAACCUCUGUCUAUUCUUAUGAGGCCAGAAACAGCCUCAGCUCCAAUGCUGGAACCAGGAAUGUUGGCCCCAAGGACACGGUUGUCUACACAAGGACAUAUGUGGAGAAUAGUAGAUCGCCAAAGGAUGGAUAUCAGGAGAAUAUCUCAGGAAAAUAUAUACAAACUGUUUAUUCAACUUCAGAUAGGUCUGUCAUUGAAAGAGAUAUGUGCACUUACUGCCGCAAGCCCUUGGGAGUAGAAACCAAAAUGAUUUUAGAUGAGUUGCAGAUCUGCUGCCAUUCCACCUGCUUUAAGUGUGAAAUAUGCAAACGGCCUUUGGAAAAUCUGCAAGCUGGUGACAGUAUCUGGAUUUACAGGCAGACUAUACAUUGUGAGCCCUGCUACUCUAAAGUGAUGGCCAAGUGGAUUCAGUAACACUGAUAAGUGGAAAUGAAGAUGAAAAGCCUUCAGUGAAGAAUUUAAAGCUACAUUUUAAGAAUAUAUAAUCUAAAAAAGAUUUACAUUGAAGAUUAUCUCUUGUAUUAACAAUUUUGAUAAUAGAAAAGCAAUCUAAUUACUUUGAAUAAGAUCGCACACAUGAAAAGAGCCAUGUGGUAUUUGGUAAGAUCUAGUGAUAAAUACUCACAUAGUUCUUGCUACCAAAGUCAAUGGCAGAGAGCAUUGUCAACCCUGCACAGGCCAGCCCUGCUCCAUGUUUAGCUGCUCAUCAUGAUUUUCAAUAACCAAGUCUUCCAUCUUCUCACCUAUCUUCCCUAAUAGUUUGUAUUAGCGCUUUAUAGAUACCCUGACAAAUAGGCUGAUAGAAGCAAGAUAUACUUCUUCCUUUUUCUACAAACAAAAAUGCACGUAGAAAUUUUCUUACAAAAUUUUUCAAGAAGAGCAGUGUAACAAGUUGUUUGAACUUUUGAAAGUCAAAGUUCCCAGAUUUCUGUGAUGUUCUCUAUGACGCCACAGACAUUAGACAAAGUAAUUUCUAAAGUCCCUUUUUGCCUUUACAGUUAUCUGAUUAUAAAAAAAUGGAAUUUUAUGCUUAGAAACAUAUUGGUAUAUUUGUAAACAGUAUUGAGACAUACAAAUAGUUUCACCUAGUGUCAUCCUUCAGUCUAUCACAGGCUUAUCUUUUAAAAACUAUUCUUAAAACUGAAAUUAAUAGUUUUAUGGGUGAUAGGUAAAACCAUAUGAUGUGUAAUUUGUUAAACUUACUUUGCAUGCAUUUCAAAAUCUGAGAAAUAAUAGAUAUUGAUUGCAAACAUGUUAUAUGUGUUCAUGUUACAGUUUAUAUUUACA